GGUUCUCCGACGACGUCACCGUCAGCUGUGCUGCGGGCAGGCGCAGAGCGCGUGUGCGCGGAUGAUUCAGCAGCUCGCGCAGCGGUGAUGUCACGCGGGCAAACGCGCACAGAGUCCGAGCCGCAUCCCUCGCACGGGCCGCGCGUGCGUGAACGUGUCCUCCGAGGAGACAACCCGUCGUCCUUUUGUCCCCGGCGGACACGAGUGACGUCUGCCAGCCUCUCGGCGCCGCCCGCUAACAAGAACCUACGCGCCGCCAUUUCCGCAUUUUGGCGUGGCGCCGACAGCUCACAGUGUGUUCCCAACCGGGCCGUGGUCUAUGUCCGCCCCCGCCAUGCCGACCAUGGUGUCCAGGUUGCCGAAAUUUGGCUCAUGGUCCAAAAGCACCACACAGACAAGCCCGCCCACCGGUGCUGCCAGCGCUCGUCUCCCCAACGGCUUCUACCACCACCCCGGGCCCGCGGCGCUUAACGGUUCUUCCACCGGACCUUCUACUUCCGUGAGGCGGACGGGAUCCAUACGCACGCCGACUGACUAUUCCGCAAAGUGGAGGAAGGAUGAGGUGGUCGCAGAUGGAGGUGUGGCUGACAGUGAGGAGGCGGAGUCAAGGGUUGGCAUUGUCAAGCACUGCCUCAACAGUACCGCCCACGGCCAACAUAGUCAGCAGAAUUCUCCGUUGGACUCAAAGAAGUCCAACUUGUCUGCUUUGAAGGACUCCAUCAAGUCUCAGACGCUUCCUGUUUCUAAAAAUGGACUUCCUGUUUCCAAGUCAAAGCAAACCGGGUCCAGACUAACUAAUGGAACCAAACCGACCGUGAAUGGUCUUUCUGGGUCCAAACUUCCAAGCAGAACCAGUAGCUCUCUGAGACCCCCUCAGUGGUCCACUCGUUCCGGUGCGUCCACACCAGCACUCGGACCCACUACCGGUUCUAGAUCCGGUUCUCCCCUCCAUGCAGCGCUGCCCGCCACCCGCUCGCUCUCCACUGACAACCUCGGAUCAGCACCGAAUUCCCGCCUCGCAAAUAACGAUCGUUUGCGCUCACGUAGCCUGAUGGCGGUCCAGCGACAUCCUUCACUCACUGUCUCCACCCCCUCCCCCACUCCUCCCUCGACUAACACUUCCCGGCCAAUGGGCGGGGCCAAGCAGGGGGGUAAACAGUCCGCCGCUUCUUGUGCUCCGCCUUCAGCUCAGGUGUCAGGUCAAGCUCCAUGUGAGGGACUCAAGGCACCCCCCUCCGCCUUGAAGAAGCCCCUCCUACGUGGGCUUGGCCCUGCCCCCAAGUCUAAUGGCAUUAGCUACAAGCUAUCGCGGCCGUCGCUUAUUAAGCAGCCCCGCCCCCUCCGAGGGACCCACACCCACGGGUUUCUGAGGGAGCCUGAAGUGAGCCAAGGUGUACUCGGGACCUCAGUGGGGACGCCGUCCUCAACAGGAAGCAGCCCAGAGAGCACGCCUGAAGGUCCAGAGUCGGAGGGGCUCCCGUCCCAAGGAGAGAUGUCCAUUCUGGGAGAGACAUUGGAGGACAUGUCGCUUUCUUCCGGCUCCUCUUUGGAUCCGAAUCACGGCAGUCAGGAGUACAUGGAUGACUUUGACAACCUGGGAAACGGAGGUACGGGUGUCGUCCUCCUCGCCAAAAAUGAUGAAGACGACUCCGGUCUGGACCAGUCGUGCACCGCCUUCUGUGACCACAGGGUGGCGGUCCAGGGCGUUACCAGGGGAGCAGAACUGAACUUUGUGGAGCACAGGUUGGACUGGACCAACGUGACCUUCGGGGCUGACGAAGAACCGAACCAGCAGACCCGCCUCAGUCGGCCCAGGGAGUCGGAUUUCCAUGAGCAGGGGGGCUCGUCCCUGGACUUGUCCCCGUCAGACAGUUAUUGUUCCGGGGGCAUCUACAUGUGGGACGAGGAGGGUCUGGAGCCACUGGGGGGCGCCAUCGCACACGCCGCCGAGCAACAUGUUAGCAGCUUUGACUCCGACGUCAACAGCAGUGAUGUGCUGACCAACGUGGACUCCUGUGAUUUGGAUGAUGAUGACCUCAUGCUGGAUGGAGACUUAACUGAGGACGCGUCGCUGCACACUGAUGACGGGAUGUCCCACAUGGCCGAGUGGAGGAGGAGACAACUAUGCUGGGGGACACAGGAAGUCCACGACGACGACGACGACGACGACAACGACGGUGCGCUCGAAUGCUACAAGCUAAGCCAGGAUGCCGGCAAGGACACCAGCGGGGACGUCAUUUUUUGUCCUCAGAGGCCUGCCGGUGUGCAUGUGGAGGAGCUGCUUGAAGACUUUGGCGCCGUCAGGUCGCAGCUGGAAGUCCUCAGGAGGCUCCUGGUGCAGGACGACGACACGGAUGACGACACGCUGACCACUGACACUCUGAGCCCUGAAGAGUCCGACCAAUCACAGGUGCAGGCUCUCCUGCAGGAGGUGCAGCAGCUGAAAGAGGAGCUGAGGAGCAAAGAUGACAUCAUCUCACAGCUCACGUUGCAGCUGCAGGUCGUUGCCCCACCAACCAGCAGGUGUCGCUGCAGGAAAGCAACAGAAAGGACGGAGCAGCACACGCAGACGAGCGCGGUGGAGAGGGAGAGCGUUGCCUUGCAGACGCCCUGGAGGGAGCGCACGGCCGUCCCCCCCGUGGCCUUCCUGUCUCCUCCCUGGCAGUACCAACGCUCCAGACCUUACGGGGGGAGGCCCAAACCCGGCAUCCCCUCCGCCUCCCACCCCGCUACAAAAAGAGUGGAAACACUCGUGCUUUACUUCAGCGACACGCCCUGUUACAGGUACUUCGCUCCUCCGGCCAGGAAGACCAGAACCCACUAGCUCAUCCGGCAAGCAUAAGCUCCACCCACCUCGCUCAGCACAUCACGGUCCGCCGUGAAGCCGAUGCUCGGCAGCCCCGCCUCUUCCUGUUUGAGCUCUCCAGGAGGACAAAGGUCAGAACGCCGCGUUCUUCCCCCCUCUCCGACGCCGUCCCGGGCCAGCCUUCGCCGCAGGAAGAAGGCAGCGGCUUGCUUUGUGGAUUGAACUCUGCCGGAAGGAAGUUUAUUUAAUAAGUUAUUUAUUGAGCACUGUGACCCACGUGAAAGGCUUAAAGCGAUGCUAUAACUUCAUCUUCAUCCAAAUGAAAACAACACAUCACAGAAAUGAUGCGCUGUCCCUUUAAGUGCAAGUUAGCGCUAAGCAAACACCCUAUGAAAAACUUCAUGUACGAGUUGAUUGAGUCUUCCUUGAGACACGCCCGCCAUCUUUCAAACAUCAUCCCAUCAUGUUGGAGCAUCGUGCAUUCAUGGAUAUAUGCAAACUAUUAAAGUACCGUACAUCCCUG